AACUGAAUCACACAAAAUGUACAAAAACUAUUUUUUGGUGGGAAGAAUAAGAUCAAGUCCAAUCGAAAUCGGCAAAGUUUCUGCUUUACUACUCUGUCGCCUUUCCCUUUUCAAACCCCAUUCCGAUCUCAAUCCCAAUCCCAAUCCCAAUCCCUAAUUGAAUCCUCUUCCAAAAUGAAUCGUCUUCAUAUCCCUCCAAUCCUUCUCAUUCUAAUCUUCACAUUUUCAUUACUUUCAGUGGUCGAAUCGACGACGUUUAAGGUCGUGAACAGAUGUCGGCACACUAUAUGGCCGGGGAUACUCACCGGCGCUGAUAGAACCGUGUUAAAUCCCACCGGUUUUGCUCUAAACCCCGGUAAAUCAAGAACCCUACGAAUACCCGUAGCUUGGUCGGGUCGGUUAUGGGGUCGUACUGAUUGUCGGACAGAUUCAACCGGAAGAUUCUCUUGCGUCACCGCCGAUUGCGGCUCCGGCAAAGUCGAGUGCGAAGGCCGCGGCGCCGAACCUCCCGCCACGCUAGUGGAAUUCACACUCAACGGUGACCAAGGCCUUGAUUUCUAUGACGUCAGUUUGGUCGACGGGUAUAACCUCCCGAUGCUUGUGAUUCCCAGAGACGCUACGAGCGGAGGAUGCAGUUCCACCGGUUGUUUAGUUGACUUAAACGCCGGUUGCCCCACCGCGCUUAGGGUGGCGCGUUCGAGUAGGAGUCGGACUGUAGUGGCAUGUAAGAGCGCGUGUGAGGCGUUUGGGGAUCCGAGGUUUUGUUGUAGUGAAGGUUAUAACACGCCGGAGACUUGCCCGCCGACGGAAUUCUCACAGUAUUUUAAGCACGUUUGCCCACGUUCAUACAGCUAUGCUUAUGAUGAUAAAACCAGCACUUUCACAUGUGCCGGAGCUAAUUAUGUUAUCAUAUUCUGUCCAUUACCCUACACCAGUGAAAAGCUUCUAGAAGCUAGGAAUGAGAAGGCGGAUUUGCCACUCGUAAAUAAAACCAUGAUGUACAUUGGUCGGCAUCAUGGUGGUGGUGUUUCAGGCUAACAGGCGUACAAUGUGUUUUGUGAGUUGUUGAUUUGGUGAGAUGGAGGAAAUAUGUGUUUCCUAGUUGUUGUACAUUGGUUAGAGUUUGGUUUGUUUAGAUCUUAUAUUUGUGGUUCAUAUCUCUAUUUGUUGUUUUAGAAAACUGAGACUUGCAAAUGAAGAUGAGAAAUGAAAUCGAGUUAAAUGUCGGAUGCUAAGCAAAAA